AUGAGCUGGGGCACUCAGGCCUGCCGGGGGCGCUGGGCGCAGCGCGCAGAGGCCUCCGACUCGCCGAGAGGGAAGGUCUGCCGCCGCCUCGCUCCCUGGGGAGCCGCGCCUGCCCGGCGCUCCGCUGCGGUGGGCGCUGUCCACCUGCGCGCCCUGCACCCCGCCACCCCGCCGCGCCGCCCGGAGGCCUCCGCAGCCCCGGGCGCGAGCGGGACCCGCCGCCAUGGACCCCGGGCCUGCAGGCGCCGCUGGGCCCGCGGAGCCGGGGCCUGGCGUGCGCGGCGCGGGCCCCGCGGCCCCGGCCUCCUCGCUGGCGGUGGCGGCCGUGCUGCCGGCCGGCGGGAGCGGGGAGCGCAUGGGCGUCCCCACCCCGAAGCAGUUCUGCCGGGUCCUGGAGCGGCCGCUCAUCAGCUACACCCUGCAGGCCCUGGAGAGAGUAUGUUGGAUAAAGGACAUUGUCGUGUCAGUAACUAGAGAGAACAUGGAAGUAAUGAAGGAUAUUAUUCAGAAGUACCAGCAUGAGCGCGUCUCACUAGUCGAAGCUGGAGUGACCCGCCACAGGUCCAUAUUCAAUGGUCUAAAAGCUCUGGCCGAGGAUCAGCCAGACUCCAAGCUGUCUAAGCCAGAAGUAGUGAUUAUCCAUGAUGCUGUGAGACCUUUUGUGGAGGAAGAUAUGCUCCUUAAAGUGGCCACAGCUGCUAAGGAACAUGGGGCAGCAGGAGCAAUUCGCCCUCUUGUAUCCACCGUCAUCAGCCCAUCUGCUGAUGGUUGCUUAGACCACUCACUGGAACGUGCCAGACACAGAGCAAGUGAAAUGCCCCAGGCUUUUCUAUAUGAUGUCAUCUAUGCAGCCUAUCAGCAGUGUAGUGACUAUGACCUGGAAUUUGGAACUGAGUGUUUGCAACUGGCUCUAAAAUACUGUCAUGUCAAGGCCAAACUUGUGGAAGGAUCACCUGAUCUCUGGAAGGUGACCUACAAACGAGAUUUGUAUGCAGCUGAAUCGAUUAUUAAGGAAAGAAUUUCACAACACAUUUGCAUAGUUAUGGACACCAAAGAAGAUGAAGAGCAUGUAGGUCAUCAUCUCGAAGAAAUGCUAAAAAAUGAAUUAAAUCAUGUGAAAGUCACAUCUGGGCCUCUGUGUCAUGCUGGCAGAGAUCUCCAGCAAAUCAUCUUAGAGCAAUGCUACAGUUUUGUUUGCGUGAAUGUUAUGACCUCUGAAUUUGAAGAAACCAAGAAACUAGUGAAUAUGCUUAAAGAGAGUCAUCUUUCCGUUUUGUAUCCUGUCAUUGUUAUUUCAGUGCAUUUUCUUGAUUAUAAAUCAGUACAUUUUGAUCAUAAAAUGGAAAACCUAAUGCAGAUUAGGGAACUAGCAAAGGAGGUGAAAGAAAGAAAUAUUUUAUUAUGUGGACUUCUCAUUUAUUACCCACAGGAUGAGCGGAAACUCCAGGACAGUUUAAGGCAAGGGGCCACAGUAAUUACCACACUCAUCAAAGAGAGAAAUUCUGCAUUCAUUGGUCAGCUACUGGUAGCAUGAAGGACACAGAGAAAAUUGCCUCUGAGUUUAUAGAAACGUUUAUCUAAGUCCUUCUUUCCUGGUUCCCCUCCCUGUUGUGUGUGGUAGCAUAUUUAAGUUGUCUUUUAUGUCUCAUAAUUUGUAGGAUAUGAUUCUUGGAUUAUAAAUGUGGAUUAAUGUUUUUUAUUUGUGAAAUAAAAAUUUACUUUGAUGCAUAUUAUAUAUAAAUUGCCCAAAUAGAAAGGGAUAGAUAAGUGGAAAAUAAUAGCCUUCAUGUAAUCUUUUUACAAAAGCAGAAAGAUCAAUAGAAACAAUCAUGUGUGAGCUAAUCCACCAAGGAAUGAGAAUUUAGAAAUCUUGAACUAUUCUCUCUGUGUUAAUUAGCAAAUCACACUGUAAUGAAACUAAAAGAUAAGGUUUAGAAUUAUAUUUUUUUACUUCAAAAUUAUCCUCUUACCAUUAGAUAUUAUGUUCUAAUUUUCCAUGCCUUAAAAAAAAAACAAGCACAUUAAAAACAAAACAACAAGAGAUUGUAGGAAUUCUUUAAAUAUAUUCACUAUUGGCCCUCAACAUUACUCACAAUUCCUAAAUGAGAUGUAAAAUACUCUUUGGAUUACAUAAUUUUUACUAAUUUUAAAAGGUCUCUGAUCUUUCUGAAUGCAUUUAAGAGAAGACAGGAAAGCUUCAUAAAAGUGAAGUUAUUUUAGCGAAGCCCAAGUUAGUCUUCAAAGAGACAGGGAGUCAUUGCAAAAUUUUAAUUAUUCUUUUGAUACAGGUACUGUUUUUUAAAUCAAGUUUCUAUUCUUUCAAAUUUCCACUGGUAUGUACAUCUUAAAUAUUGAUGACUUUCCCUAUAUUAAUUACAUUGUAUAAUUAUGUGCAUGCAGUCAUUAGAGAUGCCUUUUACUCCAUAUUUACACUGACUUUCUUUUAUUUUUUAAGUAUAUUUUUAUUGAUUUUAGAGAGGAGGGGAGAAGGAGAGAGAGAGAAAAACGUAAUUGAUAAGAGAGAAACAUGAUCAGCUGCCUCCUGCAUGCCUCCUCCUGAGGACCUAGACUGCAACCCAGGCAUGUGCCCUGACUGGGAAUGGAACUGUGAGCCCCUGGUUCAUAGAUCAGUGCUUAAGCAUUGGGCCACAAGGCUGGGACUGGCUACAUUGACUUUCUAAAAACACAGUAGAUCAGAUUAUUUGAGGGCUUAAGCCUAAGCCUAUAGUUUUACAUGGAAACUAUAAAAGCUGCAUGCGAUAUUUUCUAUAACAUAUCUGCCUUGUGGAAUUUCUUCUUAGUGUGUUGGAUGAGUUUCCCUAUAUUUCUCAAGUAUCUCUCUCAGUAGGAGAGUUUCUAUGUUACAUUAAAGUGAUAGUCAGUAGAAAAUAACAGACAUGGAGUAAAUAUUACAGUUCAUUCGCCAAAGUAAAAUGCAUUGUUUCAAUGUAGUUUGGAUCUGAGUUCCUGGGCUUGCUACUUUCUCUCUCGAGAUGUUAACAAAUAUAAAAUAAAUAAUUUAAUUCACAUCUUGAACAUCCAUGGGAAAUGUGUGGAUUUGGGUUGGAAAGUCUAUGUUGUUAAGGUGGUGAACUAGUUGUGUUGUGGAAGAUUCACCCUUCUGAAGCCUGUUGAAGUCUUCCAGUGCAAAUGUCUUUAAGAAUUUGAAAUUGCUUAUACAGGCCAUCGGGGAAAUGUUACCAAAGUUUGAAAGAGAGGGUGAGCGUUUUAAAGUUUAGCCUGAUAACAGAAUGUUUUACCAAACAAGACUUUAUCUGGGAGUAAGCAGUAUGAUUUUACCCUAAGGUAAUGGGAAGCAAUUACUAUAAUGAGGUUUAGUUAAUAAAAUAUGAAAUUGUGUCUAAGCUAAUCACUACCAUCAUCAUCAAAUUUUAUUUUUCUUUAUAGUUUACAAAUGAUUCACAACAUUGAAAUCACUUAAAGAAAGCCCCCCACAUCUUUCACUGCUCAGAGGGGAAGUUAUGCUCAGGGGUCUCAACGACCUUGCCCAGAGCUAUGUGGCUGCCUAGUAACGAAAGGCAGGGCUUAGACUCAGGACCAUUGGAGAUGUUUUAAGUGCAUCGCCCCGUAUAACCACAAUGGCUGCAGAGGGCACCUAGCAGAGAGGCUGUGGGAAACAAGCCAGAGGCUCCAGGUGAGCACUGGAAGAAUGGACAAGGGGGUUGAGACCCCUGAGCAAUUACAAGAGGGAAUUCCUGAAGCUCUUGGCUUUCCAGUCACCUUUCCAACAUACAAACCUUGUAACCAAGGAUGAAGGGAGUGGAGAGAAUGAAUGACCAGGAGAGAAAGAUUAAUUAGUUGUUUCUAUUGUUUAGGAGACCCAGAAGCCAUUUACAGUUAUGUUUUCAUCCCAGCUUCUGCAAAUCUAAUUACUUUCAGGAGAACUGCCUAUUUUCACUUUAUUUUCCAAAAUCCCUUUAAAAUGAUAGAAGUGAUGCCUCAAGGUUGCUAAAUUGCUUUCUACCAAUGGAUAAUUUUAUAAAAAGACUCUCUCCCCACUCACCUAACUGUAUGCUAAUUAAUAAAUGCAAUUUAAAGAAAGCCUUUUAAGGAAUUUAACAGUGUCAUCACUGUUUGGAUUAAUGACAUAUUGGUAGGAGGUAGUAGUAUAAUAGUUGUUGUUGUUUAUUAAAGUACUCAAUUUGAGAGAUAAUUUGUUGCAUAUAUACUCAUUUACAGAUAAAAUCCAGAACUGCAUAUUCUAACCAGACCCAUUCUUUCUGUGAUCAGUUUAAGCAUUUUGCAUUUGUUUAACAGGAAACCUUUUUCUCAUGCUAGUUUAUUAUAAGCAAAUUUUACUUUAUAUAUAUAUAUAUAUUAACAUAAUGCUUAUGUUAUAAAAAUCAAGUUGCAGUAGGAUAUUUUUAUACUGAGUCUGCAAAUUUUAUUUCCUACUAAUGUUUAAAGGAAUUAUGUCAAGGAAGCAUAAAAAAGUUUACAUUAAAAUGUAAAGUCAUUUGGAAGAA